AUGGCGCUUGCUGACCAUUUUCAAUUAUUGUCACUCAAAAGGAAAAACUUUUUAAUGACCACGUUAGCGGUAGUAGGUUCCUUUUUGCAAAUACAAGGUAAACCUCUAGUUUGGGCUUUUAUAUACUAUUUGUAAAUGUUGGAUUUAUCGAGGUUCCAUAAUUUUGUUUUCACCAAGGAAUUUAAUUUAACGAGGCGAGUAGAGUUAGCAACGCAGUUUUAGGCUCUAGAAUAUGUGCUCUCUUUUUCAGCAUUUACGUGGAAUAAGGCACCUUCAGAUCCUGUUUAUGGAAUUCUUGGUGAAAACGUUACUCUCAGAUGGAGUUUCAAAACAAAUGCCUCAGACAAGCUUGACUUAUUUAUUCUACUUAAAGACGGCAUGGAUAUGAUCAAGUACAGCGAUGUGACUGAUAAAGUAGUCUAUUAUAAGCCAUACAUAGGAAGUGUUGUACUAGAGAGAAAUGCAACCCCAUCCUUUACCCUUAUCAAUCUGAAAAGUGAUGAUGUCGCUAAAUAUUGCUGUAAAGUGAACACAAAGGCUACAGGAGGAUCACAUGGAGAUGUCCACUCCAGUUGCACCCAUCUUAAAUUGUUAGGUAAGGCAUUUUCACCGUGCUAUCUUUCUUUUCAGACAAAUUGUUUACAAAUUACUGUAUGAGUCUAAAGGCGGCAAGUGCAACGAUAUAUUUAGGAAUAGCUGGCGACACUGUUAUAUCUUGAUACUAGUGAACAGUCCAUCGCGCACAUAUAAAAAGUCCAAGAGAGCCUUGUGUCCUGGCACCCCGGGAAGGAAGACCUGUUGUUAGUAAUCUUACUAAACUGAUAAAUAAUUUCCUACAAUCUUGAGAGGUAGAACAACCUCUCACAGCAAAUAAAUAAGCGCCACAUGAGCGGACGUUCAUUUGAGUGAACAGAACUGAUCUUUUUGUCAGCUUAAUACAGCGCUUAUACAGCGUAACUAACAAAUGGCAAGUACUGCUCUCCAAUCUGGUUUUAUUUACGUGAAGGCUUGAAUUAAAUCGUGUUUUAGCUGGUGAGUUGAACUAUUUCGUCCUCAGUUCUUAGUCCUCACAUUACAAUUUUCAGUCUCCACGGUUCUCCUUGGUUUCGUGAGCAUGUUGUGUUUUUCCCUUUCACUGGGCAAAGGUCAAAUGAAAAAUUAUAGGCUCUGAAGCUGUGGCUAAUAAAAUAUUUUAAAUGUCUUUGUCAACGGACUUCAAUCUCAGUGUCGUCUAAAAUACUCCUGUUUGAACUCCCAUUUGUUUGAUUGAGUAAUAUAAUAAAAGUGACUUGAUAGCGAAUGCAUGUAACUUAUAGUACUCACUGGCUUGUGUACUUGACAAUUUCAUAAGUUAAACGCGAUGAUCAUAAAUUCCACCGAGUAUCGUUUUCAUCGCAACUUCAUCUGCGCUGAAAAUAGGUCGCCAAGAUUAAAUAUGAGGGUCUGAUCAGCGUGAUUUGAUCUGAUGUACUGACUGUACAUCAAGUACAAACCAUAAUGUAGAUACGCACGGACCCUGCUGCUGUACAUAGGUUGUCAGGAUCAAUAUAUGAUAAUGAGUUUAGUGCCAAAGGCUUUUUUACUACCUUGUGCUUGCUGCUAAAAUCCUAAAAAGCGAUCAUUUGUAUUUUAGUAUUUUCCCACUAUUUGUGUGUUUUUCUUUUGUUUUUGCGAAUUCUAGCCCGUCCUUCGAUCACGUCGGCCAUCUCAAGCAAUAGAACACUAAACGAGACUAAUGAUGUAACCCUGUCGUGUACUGCAAGUGGUAAACCCCCUCCUAAUGUCACGUGGACAAAAGCUGAUGAUGUGGGUAAUGUCCUUAGCUGGAGCUCUUUUCUAGAACUAAAGAACAUCACUAGGAAACAGGAAGGCUUAUAUAGGUGCACAGCUGACAAUGGACUCGGUAAAGCCGAAUCUUCUAUUAGGAUAGUUGUUCAGUGUAAGUACGUAACUUUGUUAAAGUCUAUAUAGGUGUAAGGUAUUUGGCCAUGAACGUUUGCGUUUGAAUUGGCCGUCGACAACAAUAAUACUCAAAGGAGUUCUCAUAGGCGAAAUUUAGUCUGAUUUAUUCGAAAUAUUUAGGAAAGGUGAGGGAUUAAAUAAGAAUGAAUGCAAAACAAGGCAAUCAACAUAUAAUGCUAGCAAUUGCCAUUGAUUUCGUGACAUUUAAGUCAAAGGAAUUGUCUACCCUGAUUUCUUCGUCGUUUGGGAGACUGAAUUUCAUCGUAAUCGUGUUUUGCAAUAAUGUCAUUGUUUUUUUAAAUGUUCUUUAAAUCUUGCAGAUGCACCAUCGAUCAAAUUGUCUACGACAAGGUACAAUUUCACUGAAGGCACAGACAUGACCCUUCUUUGUGAGAGUGAUGGUGUUCCCGCUCCUACUGUCACGUGGUCAAAGAUUGGAGCGGUUAGCAAUUUUUCUUAUCCCUCUGCUCAGAGGCUUAUCAUCAGGAAUAUUAGCAGAACGGAGGCUGGUACCUACAGGUGCACGGCCUCAAAUGGCAUUGGGAAACCUGCACUCCAUGUAAUGCACGUCAACGUGUUUUGUAAGUUUACUAACCUAAGUUAUAUCAUAAUGGAUACAAAAUCUUUUAAUUUUGAACGGCUGAAUAUCAUUUUCUUCUAACUAUUUUAAAAAUAUAGGGAAAGUAUAAGUGAAUAUUCUUAUAAUAAUACAUAAAUAUAAUUCGGGCCGUUAGCGACUCUGACUGUCUCAUGUAAGGUUUGUAUUAGAUCUUGUGCUGCUGAAAUAAAAUUUCCGUGUAAUCUGUACGACAUAUUUCGGCGUCCAUUAGUCAUUUUUAAUCCUUCGUAUAUCACUAAUGAUCAUCGCUUCCUAACUAAAUUUUAUGAUCUCCCUUAUAAAUUCAUGCAGAUCAAUAUGCAUUCACUGCUAAUGUGAUCUUUACCGUCUUGUAGAUCCCGCAAGUAUUGUCAGAGGACCGUUAAGUCAAACAGUGAAUGAGACAACAGACCUCCAUCUGUUCUGUAAUGCGACUGGCAAUCCUCAGCCACUGAUCAAGUGGUUCAGAUUCAGAGGACUCAUACUUCUCGGACUCCCGUCAUUUGAUGGCAUCCUCAUUGUGAGAAACAUCAGUAAAUCCGACUCGGGAAUUUACAAGUGCAUCGCUAUUAAUGGUAUUGGAUAUAAAGCAGAUGCUACGUCCACUGUGACCGUCAACUGUAAGCCUGACUAAUUUCGGCUAUUUAUGUUAUGCCAGUGUAAAUGAGAGUAGGAAAGAGGAGGGUGAAAGGCGUUCAAAAGAGAGUUAAGAAGUCACGAGAUCCGGAGAAAAAACAUGUUGAGAAAAUGUAAACCGUAGCUAGGCUUUCGAACAAACAGAAACAGCUUGCCAACCAGCAAAAUGGUAGCUAUGAACUUCAAAACAUCUGAUUGUUUUUGCUUUGCAGUUCAAGUUUUAAAUCCACGUCCUAACGCUACUAUGCAUAGUCGUUUUGGUGAACCUUUCCGGUAAUUUAUGUCAAUGACUCACUAAUGUUUUGUUUUGGCUUCUAGAUAAACCAAGGACCACGCUUUUGACACCCAACGCAACUAAAGUCAAGGCGAUAGAAGGCCAUCCAGUGACAUUCUACUGUAAAGCGGAUGGUGUGCCUCCCCCAAUACUUGAGUUACAUUUCAAUGGUGUUUUAUUGGGUUAUUUCAUCAAUGGCCAAUAUGUUAUGGAAAAAAUUAACGCUACUGACCGAGGAAAAUACGAAUGUGUAGCACGCAAUAUUCUUGGAAUCAGGCGAAUAACAACUUUUCUCGUUAAUGUGUUAGGUAGGUAUGAGUGAAGAGAAGAUAGAUAACAAGUUUUGGUUUAUGUCAUCUUUUGCUGGGUUUUCGAGCACCAUUGGAGCAAUCACCCGCUUGAGCAAGAGGAUAAUGAUUAUGAUGUCGUCCUACAUGUAGCUGAAGCAGUUCCAAGCAUGACUUUCAUAACUCUUCCAGGAAACUAAUAGAGCCGUAAGAGGUGAUCGGCUAAUUCUUCGGGCGAUCCCGCACCUGUUUGAAGAUUGUUUUUGAUUAGCUGGGAAAACAAUAGGGAUUGUUACAUAAGAAUGCCCCUAUCCCUGAAAACAAUGGAAGUGCAGAUUAAAGGGGACCAGUGAAAUAAGAGGUUUAGGACAUUGCAGGUCUACUGAAUUCUUCUUUCGGAUUCACAUUUUAUUUUUUUAAUUCCUUCUCCCUAACUAAUGCACCAACACUCAUAAAAUUUCUCGGUUUGUAGAGCUUUAAAGUAGGAGAAGAUGCAGUAAAAGAAAAGAGGCCUUAUACAUACAUGUAUAUAGGAGCUACACGUAAAAGGCUGUCAGUUCAUGGGUUCGUUUAUAAGUGAAAAUAAAAGGGCGUUACACUGAACGGUUAAAAGCUUCGAGAUGCCUUACCCAGUGAGUUACCCUUUAAGUUAAAUAAAAAUUUAUUUUUCAGUUCCGCCAUCGCUAGAUUUUGUCACCAAGAAUGCAACAAUAAACGAGAAAGAUAGCCUUGAGCUGUUUUGCAACGCAACUGGCAAGCCUCGUCCAAACAUAACAUGGACCUUCCUGGGUGGUGCUGAUGAAGGGUACUCCAGAAAAGGGGAAACUCUCACUAUUUCAGAUGUUAAAAGGAAUCAGGCUGGAUUUUAUCAGUGCACAGCUUCUAACAACGUGACUAGCAUACAAACAGUAAAUGUGCUUGUUACGGUGAGCUGUAAGUAAAACGUGUUACUCCUUUAAGUUUGAUUCCUGUUACGAAACACAUCUGAUGAAAUAUCACCGAAUGAAGUGUUGCGAGUAAUGUAACAUGUUUUCAAAAGUUGCACAAUUUGUUUAGAGCCUUGGAGGUUUCUUGUGAUCAGUUUCCUUUAAAACAAGGUGUUCCUCAGGGAUCAUGUUUGGGCCCCUUGCUUGUCACUAUCUACACGCGCAACUGUUUCAGAUCGUUGAACGCCACCUCCCACAAGUUCAUUUCUACGCGGAUGAUACACAGUUGUAUGUAUCAUGCCCCAAUCGAUCUGCGGAUGCUGAUUUUGCCAUCAAGUCCAUGACUGACUGUAUGAGGAGUUGGGUGAUUUCAGAUAAUCUUAUGUUAAACGAUGAUAGAACAGAAUUUUUAAUUAUAAGUACUAGGCAGCAGCUGGCCAAGGUUAACAUCAAUUGCAUGAGGGUUGGGUCGACUGAUGUUUGUCCUGUAACAGUAGCUAGAAACUUAGGCUUAUGGUUUGAUAAGCAGCUCACUAUGUCAACUCAUUUUAGCAAGUUAUGUGGUGCUACCGUUUACCAUUUGCAUAAUAUCAAAAGCCUUCGCAAGUAUUUGUCACGAGAAUCAACGGAAAUGCUUCAUGUCCAUGCAUUUAUUACAUCUCUUGUUGAUUAUUGUAAAAGUCUUUUGUAUGGGCUACCCAACUACCAGCUUAACAAAUUGUACAGAGUUUUGAAUGCCUCAGCCAGGCUAGUUUGUAAUGCCCUUAGAUUUUGCCACAUCUCACCCCUUCUUCGUGGACCGCAUUGGCUUCCUGUUAAAGCCCGGGUACAAUUUAAGAUACUGCUUAUUACGUUCAAAGAAAUUCACGGCCUAGCCCCUAAAUAUCUAUGCGAUUUACUAACAUUUAAAUCGUCCUUAUAUAACCUUAGAUCUUCAGGUAGUAUUUUACUUUCUAUGCCAGCUGUUCGAUCGAAAACGUUAGGUGAUAGAGCUUUUAUGGUAGCAGCGCCAACGUUCUGGAACUCUCUUCCAAAAGAACUUCGUGCGAUUACUAAUGUGAACAGUUUUAAGGCGCAUAUUAAGACUUUUCUUUUUAGAACUUUAUAUUGGUGAGCAAUUUUAUAUUCAGUUCCUCCUUGCAUGCAUAUAUAUUCUUUUUAUUGUUAUUUAUUUAAAGUAAUGUAGUUGUAAUGCGCAGCUGAUCAUUGUUAUGUUAAGUUGCGCACAAUAAGUUCAUAAAUUACUAUUAUUAUUAUUAUUAUUAUUAUUAUUAUUAUUAUUAUUAUUAAGGUAACUUUGUCCAGAAAUUACACUGCCUUACACACCGAAGGGUAAAGAAAAUUAUAGGUCAUCCCCAGAACUGAGUUAAUGUGUUCUGGAAACGUUGAAUAAACACUCGUUUAGAUCUAGCUGUUUGUCUAUUAUCAAAAUUGCCCCAAAAGGUUCACGAAAAGCAAUUACAGCAACUUCUGUUUAAAUAGAAGAGGUUUGACUUUUGACGGCUUUUUGUUUUUGACCUUGUUUAAUAAGCUUGGACUUCUAAAAAUCUCCAUCAAUUAACAGCGACAGUUGAUAAAAAAAGUUCCCGCAUGUGAUGGAAAUUGCAAAAUUAUACAGAAUCUUUCUAAUUGCCUUACUACAGUGCAAGAUUAAGGUGGCAGUUCUAGCCCAUGCUCUCUCUUCUUUCACCUUAGAUAAACCAGAGAUCAAAGAUAGAAGCGAAACCACAACGCACAACAUCAUGUCCUGGAUUGGCCGUGAAACGAAAAUCACUUGUGAGGUGGAAGGAGUUCCGUUACCAGAAAUAAUAUGGACUCGUAAUGGCAGAGUGGCAUCUUCAAAAAGGUUACAUCCCCGCGUCAGUACACUAACGUUCACUCCACAAAGAGAAAGCGAUUUUGGUGUCUAUUUGUGCAAAGCUAGCAAUUUUCUUGGGGUUGCAAGGAAGGUUGUUAACGUUGAAAUGCUAGGUAAGUUUCGUCUAAAAGUUUUUAAGAUCGUUUAUGCUCAAUUAGUCCCUACCAAAACGCUGUUCAUGCUUAUUAUUUAUGAGACUAGACGUUUGAGUUAAAGUUCACGAAGAAGCUUAAAUAAGUCUUUCUUUCCAAUUCCAUUAAUCAACGAAUGGUUGAAACACAAACACCGUAAGCAGUGUUGCUUUAAAACUGUGUCAUGGACCGGUACAAUAUAUAAGAUACAUUAGAUAAGUUCUGUGGAUGUGACACGAAUGUAAUGGAAUAACAUGCUCGUGACGGCGAACAUAUUGAUAAAAAAGGUCGACAUUUUGAGAUUCCCAGCUUGAAAAAUUUGGUCAAAUCUUAUACCAGCAUGGACCAAUAUAUCCCCUUUGUUUGAGGAACAUCAAUGGCCACCGUGACGUCGUAUAUAUGCAGCUUAAUUGCACAUCACAUUAUGUGCCAACUAAGGAAGGGUUCACAGACUAACAUAAACUAUGGGCCAUGUCCCCAGUAUUGAAACAAGUUUCUGACCCACAGCUAAGCCACAAGCACCGAUAAUUUUGGAAGUUCUCGCAGGAGUUAAUGACUUGGUAAUACGUUGGAAUGCGUCCAUCACCCAUCCUGCUGGACCAGUCCGGGAUUAUCUAGUACAGGUGAAAGAGGAGGAUGAUCCACUGAGACUAAAAAAUUGCUCGCGAAUUGAAGAAAUUGCUUCCUCGUUUACCUGUGUUCUGGACAAUUUGAAGAGUGGUACUGUGUAUUUUGUGCGCGUUGCAGCACGGAAUAUUGUGGGAUACAGUGACCUUACAAAGGAGGAAAUUCGAACAAAAGAUGUUGAUGACGAUGAAAAUAAAGGUGCGAGGACUUCACAUAUAAAUACAUUUUUUUAAUUAUAUAAUUCCCCUUCAAACGGAGAAAUACUAUUAGUUAAGGCUGCUUUUUGCUGUACAGCAAUUAUAACAAAGAGAGGCACAUAAUAUGAAAAAGCUCUACUUUAUUGUUUACUGAGGCUUUGCGUAUCAUCUGGGAGAGAGUUUUGCUCGUAAAUACUGAUAAUAAUAAGGAUGAUAAUGAUAAUGAUAAUAUUAAUGGUAGUGAUAACAAUGAUGCUAAUGAUGGUAAACGUGGUGAAUGUGUAACGAUUGUGAUUGAUUAUUUUGGUUUUAUCAAGGGAAACCAGACGAGACCCAGCAUCGCUUUGAAAAAGAGGUUAAUUUUUAAGUUACUGAUUUCCCCAAAGCUAUUUAAUUAUUUUGUUAAAUCCCUUUUACAGAAACGGGCGCCUUAAAACAACACAAAGGCAAGUCUACAUACGUAGUUGACGCUAUUAUUGGAGGGGUCAUUGGCUUGAGCAGUCUGGUCGUAAUAAUUGUAGCUAUAGUGAUAAACAGACGACCUUGCCACAAAGGUAUCUGGAUAGACUUCUAUAACUGUAUAAUACGCUAAGAUUAGAUAUAGUUUCGUUGUGGUAAUUACUUUUUUAUUCAAGGGGAUUUGUGCAAAAGAUCAGACUACAACCUAUGAGUAGGUUUAGGUUCGCCGACAUGGACGAUAAUGUCAAAGUCAUUCUGAUUCCAGGGGAGAAUUGGGGCGAUUAUAUGGGAACCAUAGCAACUNGUUAAUGACUUGGUAAUACGUUGGAAUGCGUCCAUCACCCAUCCUGCUGGACCAGUCCGGGAUUAUCUAGUACAGGUGAAAGAGGAGGAUGAUCCACUGAGACUAAAAAAUUGCUCGCGAAUUGAAGAAAUUGCUUCCUCGUUUACCUGUGUUCUGGACAAUUUGAAGAGUGGUACUGUGUAUUUUGUGCGCGUUGCAGCACGGAAUAUUGUGGGAUACAGUGACUUUACAAAGGAGGAAAUUCGAACAAAAGAUGUUGAUGACGAUGAAAAUAAAGGUACGAGGACUUCACAUAUAAAUACAUUUUUUUUAAUUAUAUAAUUCCCCUUCAAACGGAGAAAUAUUAUUAGUUAAGGCUGCUUUUUGCUGUACAGCAAUUAUAACAAAGAGAGGCACAUAAUAUGAAAAAGCUCUACUUUAUUGUUUACUGAGGCUUUGCGUAUCAUCUGGGAGAGAGUUUUGCUCGUAAAUACUGAUAAUAAUAAGGAUGAUAAUGAUAAUGAUAAUAUUAAUGGUAGUGAUAACAAUGAUGCUAAUGAUGGUAAACGUGGUGAAUGUGUAACGAUUGUGAUUGAUUAUUUUGGUUUUAUCAAGGGAAACCAGACGAGACCCAGCAUCGCUUUGAAAAAGAGGUUAAUUUUUAAGUUACUGAUUUCCCCAAAGCUAUUUAAUUAUUUUGUUAAAUCCCUUUUACAGAAACGGGCGCCUUAAAACAACACAAAGGCAAGUCUACAUACGUAGUUGACGCUAUUAUUGGAGGGGUCAUUGGCUUGAGCAGUCUGGUCGUAAUAAUUGUAGCUAUAGUGAUAAACAGACGACCUUGCCACAAAGGUAUCUGGAUAGACUUCUAUAACUGUAUAAUACGCUAAGAUUAGAUAUAGUUUCGUUGUGGUAAUCACUUUUUUAUUCAAGGGGAUUUGUGCAAAAGAUCAGACUACAACCUAUGAGUAGGUUUAGGUUCGCCGACAUGGACGAUAAUGUCAAAGUCAUUCUGAUUCCAGGGGAGAAUUGGGGCGAUUAUAUGGGAACCAUAGCAACUUCAAAAUACCUUGUCACUAGUGUGCUUUGCCUUGAAAACUAUGGUCCCCCAGUGGUUAACUGGGAAUAAACUGAUACCGUGGUCCCCUAGUGGAACCGGCCGUAACACCUGACUUCCAUGUUAUCAUCUGGAUCACUACAUCGUCCUGGACGUUUUUAGGACGAUUGAGAAAAUGGAAGAAAAAACGGAAGUUUAUUUCGAAAUCAGCCUAUUAUAUAUAUAAAUGUAUAAUCGAUUUUUGAUCUUUGCGCAUCACCACUAGAUGACUCGCGAUCGAAGGUUUAAACUAGUGGUCAGUUUAUGAUCAUUUAUGCUAACUGAUGUUAAUGUGUGAUUAUAAAGCAGUAGAAUCAUCUUUGUUUCUAGCAGCUGAGUGUGGCAGUCAUGAAAUCCGCAAUUUGCUCAAACAUUUUGAACAUAAUUAACAUUUAUAUAAACUAAUAAUGGCGACCUAGCCUCUAAAACUUUGAUCAAUGUUUUUUUUUUCAUAAUAGUUUUCGUCCUUUAUUCUUGACUUUUCUUUAUUUAAUCUUUACUCCUGACCUAACAUGAGUUCAAAUUGAUUCAAAUCGUAUUCAAUUUGUUCCAUUUUGUAGGCAGUAAGAAAAGCAACAUUGAUAAAAGGUGAGCCACACAAUCUCUUCACUUUUUUACUGAAAUGCAUAAGUUAUAUGAUAACUUGCUGAAGCAAUUGUCAGCAAACACUUUAAUUCUCCGUGGGUCAAAGAGUGACUCUUUUAUUUUGCUUUUAUUUAGGUUCAAGGACGGCCAUGACAAUGAAGGCUUCGCGGAAAACCCGAAGGCUGAUGAAUUGCAGGUAUGUAAACCAGGCUAGAUCGUUAGAAUUGUGUUCUAUCCGAGAAAAGGUAACCCCUGCUCAACUUAUGUUAUUCCUCUAUCUAGAACACCAGAGUCCUUUUCUCCCCUUUUUAAUUUAAAUGAAGUGUGCAUUUGUAACCAUUAUUCUGGCAGAGCACCACGAACACUGCACUGAAAAGGAUACCUGAUGACCCUAGGUUUUGUUGUUGUACUGGCUGACGUUAAAACUAAUCCAACAGUGGUGAGCCAAGAGGUUUUGCAUCAUUAUUCCGCUGUUCAAUGUCACAUAGAUUUUCAAUUUUGGCCAUCGUAGUCCUCAUAGCGAAGCUCUUGCGCACGUGAGGCGCUCACAGCGGAGCACCAUGGGCAAUAGAACUGGGUUAUCUAUACAUCCAAGAAAUUUUGGUUGUUAGUCCGUCCGUACGUAUGUACGUGAAAUUGGACAUCCAUGUUAUGUUUAAUUGACAGCUGUAAAAACCCGUUAUCCCACUGACCAGUGUUACAUGAAGUUCUUGAGCAGUUAUUUGUUUUCAAUUGAUCGCCGGUUCAGGUCCAUCUUUUUUCAGGAGGUUUUCAGUUUGCUUCUUGCUUAUAGCAAAAGUUAAAUUGAGUAAAAGAUGCCGCUUUUGGCUUUGGCUAAAUCUAUAUAUCGCAACCAGCUUUUGAUAAUCGAAGGAUCGAAGCUAUCUAUAUAAUUAUUGGGCAGUAUUCACUCCAUAGCGAAUAGAUAGAGACGGGAAACAAAAUGGCUGGCGUGAAAUCGGAGUUUUGCCGCCAAAGGUUCAGAGUAUAACCGUUUGAAAGUACAACAAAAUCCUAACAUUGACGUUCUGCAGAAAAGAGAAAAAAAUUCAAUUCUAUUAAUAAACGUUUUCUGCUCACCUCGAUGAGAGCCGCCAUGACAGCAAUUACAAAGGAAACCUUUUCAUUAAGUUGGCGAGUUGACAGAUCCAAGCAAACAGCUCUUAUUUUAUUCUCAGGUUGGGUAACAACAUAAAGUCUUGACUAUCCCUUUUAAACCGCUGACACUAUAGUUUGCAAAAGGACAGAAAAUAUGAGUUGUAUGUUUUAAAAUCCUGCAAAGAUCCGACUUUGCACGCGUUGUUGACCGCUAUAUGCGCCUUUUUCGCGUAUGAAAUGAUCAGUCAAUCGAAUCGUUUGAAUGGCUUCCUCUCUGCCACUAUUCUCCUUGAUCCCAAGAACAGGUGAUACGUAUCGUUAGCAAAAAGAGAGGUGAGCUUCUCGCGACUUGCUUCAGGCUUGGUAUUGGCGAAACGAGUGGGUAAUUGCAUGGUAGAAGGUACCCCAAAGGAUCGUUUGGAGGAGGCACCAAAAACAUAACGGACAGCACCAAGUCACCUAUUAAAUAUUCCCUCAUGGUCAUUCUGACCGAAGGAUAUAUGUCUGGUGCAUUAGAGGUGGAUAAUAGGGAAGAUAAGAUGUAUUUCUUAAACUAUUAAUUACUGCAGGUUGCAGCACAGCAGUUGUUGUUGUUUGUUGAACUUAAUGCUGUCCUUCAAAAUGAUCAAAAGAAGCUUUGUGGUCCCAUAUCGUACCCAGUUUUUCACUCGUUUAGAACAUGCGAAUUGAAUUCACCAUCUGUUUUGUUUACAGGAGCAACAAGUAUAAUGGAGAGCUUAGAUAAGUGGAACUACAAAGAAGGCUUGUCGGGGAACGGGGUCCCGCCUCAAGCAAGCCUUCAAUGAAGAUGAAGGACAUCGAGUCGAUAGACUGAAAAAAGUCAUUAUCGAGUGUGUAUCACAGAUUUUGUCAAUGGGGUUUAGUUUUUACCCUUAUUAGUGAGAUCAAACUUUGUAAACACUUUUAAAGGAUGAUAUUUGUAAAUAUUAGCACUAAGUUUGAUAAAUAUUUUAGAAGGUAAACAGAGGAGAACCUAAUUUUACGUGCCACUGGUACGUAACACCCGUAACAAAAACUUUUAAAUUGUAUUUCUUAGAAGCUACGAGCAAAUUCUUACAUCUAGCCAUGGCAUGGGAAAAUAACAGCCCCCUCCUCGUGGGGUUUUGCGUUUUUUUGUCCACCUUAUUUUAAUUCUCAUAACUAGAGCAGGAGAUUUUCGUCAGUCUAUGCAAAACUAUGUCUCAGAAGUAAAUGAUUGGCUAUUAUUAUUAUUAUUAUUAUUAUUAUUAUUAUUAUUAUUAUUAUUAUUAUUGGAAAAGGAGGUUUGGAAACAUAAAAUAGCAACGAACAAUAUACAGGUCGAUGUAGAACCCACUACACACAAAUAUCAUGGCUGCACUGACAAAACACAGCAAUAAUCGUUAUCUAUUAUUCUGAUACGAAGGGUGACAAAAUAACUAUCAAUAAAACAUUUGAGCAAGAUGAGUACCUCCACGCUUAUAAUUCACCCCACCGACCCUGAAAAUAAUGUUCAUCUAACUUGUUCAAGUCGUUUUCCAACUGAAAGCAAGCCAAACACAAUAUGGAAAAUAAACAAAACAUGUUGGCAUGAGUUUAAAACCUUUGCCACCAAUCUUUUCUCCAGAGCCUUCAUUACCGCAGGGAAACUGGUAACAGACGCUCUGGAAAAAUCAGAAACCGGAUCUGCAAAGUCCCGGUUUCGGUUUAAUUACUUCCUAAAGGAGUCGUUAACUAGUUACUGACCAAGAAAGGUCCCCAGGGGAAUUUUUUUGGAAACCACAAUUUGAAUAGGCGCCGUAGUUCCGUAAUAGUCACGAGCAGAUAAAUUUACGUUACCUUCGAUCGCGACGAAUUUAGUAAAGAAAGCAUCUUUAGUUAAAGAAGACCGAAAAAUAUCAAUGCAAUAACGCGGUGACAAGCUUGAUCCUUGUCCUGUAACGACUGAAACAUUCGUGAGUCAUGACGGAACACAUUCUUUGUGUUCGCUCCAUUACGGCUGCCAAUUGUGCGAAUUUUGAAAGCUUUCGUCAACUGAACUGAUAAGAAGCAACUUUGGCAGUCACUUGUAAUGUGUGUUAUUCAUCUUUAAGGUUUGUUACUAAUCGUUCGGAAUUCUCUGACCCAAUCCCCCCCAAAUUCUCUUCCCUUGCAGGGAAGAGAAUUAUCUUGAGACACCAUUUUGAACCACGGCUCCACGGUAUUUUUCGCGGGAAAAUUAGCCCUAUUCAGACCGGGGAUUUUCGAGGCCCUCCCUCCCGCUAAUAAGAUGGAUAACGCCAAGACCGUUUGAGCUUUGACCAACAAAAUUAGCGACUAUUCCCAGGAGCCUAUAACCCGGAGAGGGUUGUGCACAUGCAACUGUGUUUCUAUUUAGCUCAAUUUUCCCGCAAUUUUGAAUAUCAAAUAAGUCUUACAAGUCGGGUAUCAAGAACUGGAGAAUGGAAAAUAGUAUAUCUGAUGUUUUGAUAGCAUCUAAUUUUUCUUUUUGUCAUUAUUAUCGUACUAUGGAUGGGCACACAUACGGGACGUUGCUUCCAUUUUCCCGGGAAAAAGUACUCCAAAAUGAUGCUGAAAAUAAACUUAUCUGUGGAAACGCCGUUGCAUGUACUAAGUAUGGGAGUGGCACUCCUCCAGAUUAUGAGCUCCUGCUUUUCUGAAAAAUUAACUGGGAAUAUCUUUAAGUCGUUAACAUUGAUGUUACCAUUGCAACCGAGUUUUAAAGAGUUUUUGCAAAAUCUGCCUUUUCCUUUAAAAAGGAUAUAUUUCUAUUAUUACUUACUGUAAGAGUACACUUAAUUUAGCAGUAUUUUAUCAAAUGUAUUACAACUGUCACGGUAAUGCAGGCUUUUUAGUGACUAAUUUGAGGGAAAAAAAUUACAUGACUAAAUGGCACAUGCUGGGUUAAAUUUUUAACAGUGUUUUUUUUUUUCUCGAAAUGUCAUAACUGGUGGAUCCUUUUUUUCUUUGCUUUUUAUUGAUCCGUUUGUACACAGAUAUUGUUUUUUCUCAAGAUUACCAGGAGUUAUACGGUUUGUAUAGGCAAUAGCAUGAUUUGUAGUGAUAUUUGGUAUAAAUACCACGAGUGAUGUUUCCAAAUUGUUAUACGUAAUUUCACGAGCCGUUAGGCGAGUAAAAUUUGGGACAAUUUCGAAAUGUCACGAGUGGUAUUUAUGCCAAAUAUCACGUACAAAUCAUGCUAUUAUUUGUUUAUACUACUACCCACAAAGGUUUUGUAAUUUUAACAUGUAGGUAUUUCAAAUUAAGCUGAAAUACCACUGCUCUAAGCCAAUCAAAUUACAUAAAUUUCUCAUGUAGUAGUAUAAUAAGUAAAAUAGAAUACAGUUAAUGAAUUCGAAACGGUGGAUCCAAGAUGACCGAUGAUUCCAGUUCCUUCUUUUUUGUGAUAAUAAUUGACGUCAAUAUGAAAGCACUGCUUUUGUUAAAGAUUAUUAAUAUUUUAGCCAACUUCUUCAUUUUGUCCCACACGUCACUAUUUAUGUUUCACUUAAAAGGGAAUAAUGCGGGGGCGAGGCUAAUGCGGGUCAACUUCUUUGCAAAAAAAACACUGAAAAACAAACAUAGAUAAUUUUUUGCUGGAAAACUAUAGAAAUCUUAAAAAUAGUAAGAUUUCAAAGCUUAAACUUGCCAGUAAGCCAAAAGGUUAUCUGUUGUAAACAACAAAAUUGUGGAAAAAGCUGCUCGUACUUAACAGAAGAAAGGAAAAAAGUGACGAAGCCAAAAGAAGAAGUAAACUUUUUAAGCUUGAAAAGGGUAAUUUUUGUUAAAAUGACAAUUUAACACCAACAACAACAAAUUUUAUUGAAAAUUGGAAAAAUAACUAAUUACAUUACUUUCCCACCCGCAAAUAGCUUAUAAACUAAUCGAGGCGGUGGGGGAGGGGGGGGGGGGUGGGGAUGGGAGAGCUGAGACAUAUUAUUGUUUCGUAGUAUUCUAUUUUUACUCUUGUGUAUAUCUGUAAAAUGGAGUUUAAACUGAUCAGUAUAUCGUCUUUAUAAAAUUUAGUGUUUGAGUUCUUGUCGAGUGAAAUGUGCGUACGUUUUUGACUGGAUAUUUUGAUAAAUAAUGUAGGCUAGCUAAAUGUAAGCUUAUGUAUAAAUAAAAAUGCAAUUUUAGUCAACUUCGUUUAAACCAAUUUAACUUCCUUACAGUACAAAGAAUUUAUGCAGAAUGUCUGCCCGUUAGUUUAUUUUUUUUUCAAAUACACAUGAUUUUGCAUUCGCUCCUUUAGAAAAAAUGUCAACUAAAAAGAAGGUUUCAGUUUCACUUGCAGGCUUUCGACAAGUAAGUACACUCCAAUGAAAGGUAGGCCUAAAGUAGUUUUAACCAUAUAUCGCUGAAAAUAACAUUAAAAUGGCUUCAGGAUAUUGCCUUGUUUAAGGAUUUUGAAACCAUCUUCGCAUUUUUAUUGAACUGAUUCACCGACCACUAUUUCGGUAAAUUUCUGGUUAGUCUCGUUUAUUUCUUAGUGACGACGAGCUGAUUUUCCUUUUUGCUGUUUGAAACAAUGAUUUCUAAAGCCUGUAAGCAAGUUUGAGACCUCUAAAACCUUUCAACGUUUCAAAAUUUCAAAAUUUUUUCAUCGAUUUGUUAGUCUCGCUUUCGCGCAAAACAAGCACUCGUCCUAGGUCGCCCGGGAAUACGAAACUCGCCUAUUCUGGUAGGUGGGCCUCCAAAGCACUCCCUUGGCAUGAAGCAAAAAAAGGAAGAAGAAGCCAGGUCUGAAUAAAGUUUUAACCCUAUUCAGCUAAUACAAUUUACUCCUCCCAUUCUCAUCAUUGUUCAGACAACUGUGUUGAACACUGUGUUGAUAUUAGUGAAAAGAAUACACAGCCGCUUCGCCAUUUAAAAAACUCGUGUUAAUACUUUUUAUCGGUUAGUUUUACAUUUUUGAGUGGAAUAAUUAAUAUAUCCGUUCAACUCACUCAAAACUGACCAUGCAUGCUAUUUUACACUUUCUAGAAUAGCAUGCUUGUGUUUGUGUCAUGGGUCAUCAGCCUUUUGAUUAUCAUAGCGUUAAGAUUAUGAAACUUAAGAUCAACGUAGGCACCAUCGUCUGUUUCUCUUUAUAUUACAUGAAGAAGAGAAGGAGGUGAUGGUUUAAUUUUCAUACCAUUGCGCGAUAGGAGAUCAAAGAGGGAGUAGAUUCCUUGCUUUCCUCCCAUGGGGAACGCUACUCCUCAAAACCUUUGUGGUUUGGGCGCAAACACCAACGUUUAACCUGAUCAAAGCUUAAAUAUGUUGCUAUUCUUAUAUUCAAAGGUCAUAUAGCGCCUUUAUCGACAUCGCACAAACAGCAGAUAAAAAGUAUAUAUACCAACGAAAGUAUCAAGGAAGAAUCAACUCUAUUACCUAGAAAUGCGUCUUUUAUUAAAACUGACAGAAAGUUAAAAUAUAUCACUUUUCUGCGGAAGUAUUAAAUGGUAUUAAUAACUGAAGCUAGCGAAAUGUCUCUAACCGUCUUCAUCAGAUAUCAUUUCUGCUGAUUGUCAGUGGCAAGAGAUGUUAAGGUUGGUGCAUUUGUAGCCAUUUUAAAAUUAUGACUUUAUGCAUUCCUCCGCACAAAUGUUUUUCAUCUUCCGGGUAUCUAAUAGUUGUUUCUCGUAAUUCCGAGAUUAUUAAUUUGACAAGACACACUUUAUAGUUUAUUAGACACGUGAUCUCGUCCAGACCACCAAUUAUAGCUGUCAUCGCAAACAAUACAUUAGUUGUUUGAGAGUUCAGAUGUAGGGAAAUGCAGUUCACUCGGCUGUCAGCUGUUUAUCUGCUGAUGAAGUAUCACAUUGCUAUGAAAAGAUUUUUACUAGCUUUGUCAGAACACUGAGAAAAGAAACACAAACAAUGCAGUGAAUGCAAAUUGUCCAUUAAUAUUAUUACUUGGGAGUUUCCCUCGAAGUCCAUACCGACGACGAAGUCAUGAAUUCUAACUUAUCUCCUCCAAGAAAACCGUGGAGUCACUCUGUUUUGAUGUUCUUGGUCACGCUAUUUACCUUUUCCUUAGGUAAGUCUUCACUUUAACUAAAUAUGUCUUGCACUCUACUUUAGGACCCUUAAGGAUCUAUAACUCGCGCAAUUGCGCGGUUAUUUCCUUUAACUCAUAAAUUAAGAUCCAUCACGUUUAUAUAAGGACGGAAACAAAUGACAUUUGACAGCCCGUGCACACGGGCUUGAUACAAUACCCAAGCUACAGCUGUAUGUCUCUUUUUUGAGGCAAUAUGAACUAUCAACAGUAUGUUUUCAGAUCAAUUUUUGAGCAAUAUAAAAAUUUCUCCGUGAUCUGAUAUCUAUACUUUCAAAUCCCAAGGAUUUUUUUGUGGUCUCUAUAGAUUUGUUUUCACCCAUUUUCUGUAACUGUACUUUGACCCCAAUAACUCUGUUAUCAAUCCCUUUCGAGAAUUGAUCUGAGGUAAACCAUAAUCAUUUACGUUUCGAUAAAUAUCGUCUGCCAUUGUUAAUGGUUGAUUUAUGCAGCUUACAACACGGCUAGGUAUGGAGAAAUAAUGCAUUAGUUUAACCGGAGAAAGCAUCUCUCUCCUCCCAAUUUUGUUCCUUCUAUACUCCCCCUUACAUUUAAAAGUUUUGGCAUCUGUAAAGCGGUAGUGGACAGCAAUAAUUUAAGGAUUUAUUAUACCUAUGACUAAACUUCUAUCAGUUAAGGGCUCAUUACUGUACUACGCCUACACAAUUCGUAUUUUCAACACUAAUUGCUGCGGAGCGACCGUAGGGAGCGAGCAGCAACAUAAUCAGGAUUUAAGGGAAAUAUAUAAGGGGCGACGAAUUCUCGAAUUCAUCACUUUUUACCACAAUGCAUUGCAUUUAACCACACUUUUUACCACAAUACAUUGCAUUUAACCAGAGUGCAUUGCGCCACGAACAAGUCAAAUAAAAACACGGGGAAGUUCGCAUCGUUCGCUGCCCAGACUCAGAGUUUUCUUUGUAGCAAAUUUUCUACAGCACGGUUAGAGGUCUUACCAAAUUUAAGACACGCAGGAGUCUUUCAGAUGAGUGCGAUGGUUAACUUGGGGAUUGGAUUUCAACUCAACAGCCUUUGACUCGUCCAGGUGUUAAACCUGACGAGAAGAUGAGUAUUUUCCUUUCGACUCCGCAACACGGGGGAUAUACAAAUUCCAGCUUGCUAGAAGAUGAUGUGAAAGUGAGAAAAUGUCAUCCAUGCUAUUCUUAAGAACCUGUAUGAGCCGAAAAUGGAUGUGAUUUUGACCAUUCGCUUCAAAAUAACAGCGGAAAUCGAGAUAACGGGCGCUUUCCAUUUAGGAAAAAAAACCCGGAAAUUUCGGAGGUAGCAAAAGUGGAAUUUCCGAUUGGUAAAAAGUUGUUCCAUUUGGUCGUAAACCCCGGUAUGUGGCGGUGCCCGACCGUGGACCUGGAACUGGUACAAAGUACGAGAAACGUAAAUGGAACACGACAUUCCGUUCGGAAAUUCCAACCGGGAAAACGGGACCACCUUUUUAGAUUUUCCACUUUUUCUGGGAAUUUCCAGUGGGACGAACCGAUGAAACGUGUUCCAUUUACCGCCGAACCGGAAAUUCCGGAAAUUUUGACUAAAUGGAAAGCGCCCAACAAAACAUAUGUAUUGUGUCCUACGUUGCAGACGAGGACGUGUAUCGGGGUUUUGAAAAGCAUAAUUAUGUUCUCUCAUUCAUUCAUUACCAUGGAAUAUGCGUUGACAUUGUUUUUUUGCUUUUAAUAGCUCGAUUAAUGCGGCUGGCGAUCAUCUUGCCGGCGGAAGUUUCACGGAAAAGGAAUUAAAUUAAAGACUUUUCCCGAAAUUACGUAUUCAUUCUCCGUGGUGUAGUGGUGAGGUGUAGUCGCAUCGAGUCGAUGGUGCCGGGUUCGACUCCUACUGAACUCUUUUUUUCCUUCUUUCUUUUUUUCUUUUUCUGUUUUUUUUUUGUGUUGUUGUUUUCUAUAAAUAUAUAGCUAAAUAACUGUUACUUAAUAAAGUGCAAUAAACAGCAAGAAAAGUAUCAUGUUUCCAGAGAAAAGAUAGUACACCCUAUAUUAAAUAUAUGGAUAAACAAUCUGAAUUUCUAUCAUUUCCUACAAAUUACUGUGGGAAAACCAGAGUUGAUAACCAUUUGAUCAUUUUUUAAACAACGUUCCCACGAGUUCUUUAUAUAGACUGAUAGUAAUUAUUCUAGGACUUUCCAACAUGUAAAUAGCACAUUCAAUGUCAUUUUCGAUUCUUUUAAGUCCCACUGCCUAACUAAUGCCAGUAUCAACAGAAUGUGCCGCAGCAUUACUAUCUUUUAGAUACCCUAGUUGUAACCCUGAUAAUUAUAGAAUGCAACUAACUUACGAUUUUUCACUUUCAGUGUGUAACAUUUUCUUUGAAUGAUCACACCCUUUUCUUAAGUGAUUUUCACGUUUGUGUUUUUAGGUCAGGAUAUAACUUGGGUAAACCAGCCACCUAAUCCAACAUUCGGAGUCCGCGAUGAAAACGUUACUUUAGAAUGGCAAUACAGGCUCAAUGCUAGUGACAGACUUUCUCAGUUUUUCUUGAAAAGAAGAGAAAACAAUGAAAUGGAGGAAUUGGUUUCGUACGUGGCCAGCAAUAAUGAAAAGACAUAUUUUAACAAGAAAUUUGUGAUGUUGAAGCAUGCAAUUCCAUCCUUCAUGUUAAUAAAUGCUCAGGAAAGUGAUGCCACUAAAUAUUGUUGUAGAAUUCUCACAGCCAAUGGCAAAAAAGGAAGGAGUUGCGUGGAGCUUAAAAUACUAGGUGAGUCUCUCCAGAUGUAAAUGACACACAGUGCUUUAUCUAGAACUUAAGCAGUGAUUUUUAAUAUAUUACUUCAUUCUUGCUCAUUAAUCGCCUCCAGAGCGCAGAACGCCUUUUCGUGUAAACUAAUGUGAUUUGGAUGGGCUAGAAUUUAUGGAAAAGCGUAAUAGACUUGAAAGAAAUGUUGCCACAGUACCUUAUGGGAAGUGCGUGCGUAUGAUAUUCUACACGCAGGGGUUGUUGACCCCUCAAAUUCGAACGUACGGAUGAGAUUCUCAAAGAAAACCAAUUCCUGCCCUUAAACCACUUUCGGUGUGUUAAUUCGUGCAUACUGAAUGACCUUAAAACAAUCCUCGAAGUUGGGAAACCUUGGCAAGAAUUUCAUCAUUUAUUUAACUGGAUCAGUAGUCUUCCUCCUACCUGAAAACAACAUCGUUCGUAGUUCUUAGUUAACGAGCUAUUUUUCAACAUGCAAAUGCUUAUCUUCAUUUUAAGCGAGUUUUUUUGCAACUCAUUUUCAACCGAGACUGCUUUUUAGCUCAUAACAAACGUACAUCUGUACACGACCACUGUGUAUAAGAUUAAUCUUUACAUCUACAAGUGUAGCAGCCUUUUCUUCAUCACUCAAUCCCCUAACCUCUAUUAAAAUCUUUUUUAGAACGCCCCAUGAUAAUUUCUAUCUCAAGUAACCAAACAGCGCCAGAAAAUGAAAAUUUGACACUUUCAUGUAACGCAACUGGCAAACCACCCCCUGAUGUGACUUGGACCAAACGAGGAAACAAGGAAUGGAAGCAUCUGGGAACAAUUCUGUCCAUAAUAAACAUUAGCAAAGUGCAACAUGGAGAGACCUACUCGUGUACUGCGAAAAAUAAUGUUAGUUAUGCGAUUGCUUCUGUCACGAUCGCUGUUAACUGUAAGUGUAUCUUGAAGUCUACUCAGAUUGCAAUGUGAUAGUAAGUAUACAGCUUAGACUUCACGAUAGGGCCUUUUUCGUUGCAGUUUAUUGAUUUGCAUUUCAGUUAUGUUUGUUCUGUUUUGCUGUCUUCAUCAAUGGAAAAGGAAAACAAAACAGAACAGAACAAAACCAACAAGGAUCCGAAUCUUGUGCCUGUUAUGUAACUAAAUAGUUAUGGCCUUUUAUGAGUUGACUGUUUUUUUUUGGAAUGGCAAAGCAAAAUUGGAAAUGAUAGAUUGAAGAGUGGAAACCGAGGGGGAAAGAUCUCUACCCUUUUUAGGAAACUAAUAGCCACGGGAGGUCUAGUACUUAUUAUGCAGGGGCUAGUAGCAUUUUAAUUACUUAUGCGUUAGUCAGUCAGACCUAACAGCUAACAUCUUUCGCUGAACCCAGUCAAAGUCUUAAUUUUAACGCAAUAAUGCCACUGAGGCGUUAGCAAUAAAGUCUGAUCUUAGGUGUUUAUGACCUGGAUGGCUCCAGAAUUAAAGGAGUUGAGAAGUGAGUGUUGCUAUGGUGACUCUCAAUAUAACAUUUAACAACUAUAGAAUGAGGCUGAGAAUGAUCUGAAGAAUUAUGGAGAUCGAGGAUGGCAUUAUUGACAACACCCUCCUCGAUCUCCAUAAUUUUUCAGAUGAUAUGAAAGCCGAAUCUAAUCAUUGUUUUAUUAUUCAUUCAAAAUAAUUCUAAGUUUAAAAACAAGCUAAAACAUGCUUACCUUGGUAGAUGUAACGUUUCCGUCUUCCAUUCUCCGCUUCUCGGCAAGUUUGGAAGAUAAAUGGAUGUUCAAAAUAGCAGAUGUCUUCCGUCGAGUCGCAUUCUUGCUGUUCUUGCUAUGUUCGUAAUUCGCUUAUUUCCUCUUCGGGAAACGAGUGAAAUGUUGUGCCAUUUUGUACUGUUCUACCCUCGUCCCCAGGGCUUCUCGGUUGCCAGUCCACUUUUCUGACAAUUAUGCUGAACUACUGUCGUCAUUUUCCACAUAUCGUAAACAUCUUCCAAAUUUGAACAACGCUAGCUCGGGUUAUGAAGAAUUACCCGUGGAAUUUGAGCCAAUCAGGAACGGAGAAACAUUUUGCAUGAAUAAUAAAAUACUUUUAUAUCAGACAGCUAGCGCUCGUUAGUGAAUUAGAUAUGAAUAAAUGUUUGAAGAUUGUUCUUGAGAGACUACCCUAGGUCGUAUAUAACUUAAGCGGUAGUAUCAAAUCAGUUUUAAGUAUGUUGUUAAUAUGCUGUCAUUUCCUUGAGGUCUUUAAGAAAUGUGCUUUUGAAAUCAUUGUAGAUGCACCUUUAAUCAGUCUACCUUCAAAGUCAUACAACGUUACUGAAGGCGCUGAUACAAGGCUUCUUUGUCCCAGUGAUGGUAGACCUCCUCCUAUUGUCACGUGGUCAAAGAUAAAUGGUUUCAACAACAGUUCAUAUCCACCCGGUCAAGUGCUUAAUAUAUCGAAUAUAAACAGGACUGAAGCUGGCAAAUACCAAUGUACCGCCAAAAACAGUGUAGGAAAAGAGGCGAUUGCUACUAUUUACAUCAAUGUCAUUUGUAAGUUUUAGCUGAUAUUUUAAUGUUUCAAAGAAGUUUUAGGACGAAUGAAAUUGUGGCCUAUGUUUUGUUUGGCUUGAUAUCGUUCUACUAACAUGAAUCUGUAUCAAAGUCGGGAACUACAACCAAAGUUAAAAAUCAUUUGGAAAUGUAAUAGGCUCUUUGCAGCAGGUCAGUCACGUGGUACAAAUACUCACUGGGACGAGACAAACUGUUUUCACAGUACGUUUCUUGCGCCCCAGCAUGGCGCCCCCAGCAUGGAGGUUUUGUACCACACGUAAUUUACUAGCUGCAUAAUUCUUUAGAUCAUCCAAAUGGAAUAAUUAACGAGGCCUCUUUACAUUGUCCAAGCAGCGCCGAACCAGCAGUUCUUGACUGACAAAUACUCUGUGAAGUCGCGAAUCGAGCUCAAUAAACGGUUACAUCAUACGCCCUUAGUUCCGUUAAUAGUCCUCCUACUAGUCCGUUCACCACUGUCCUAUAUGCAAAUCAAGGGUCUCUUUUCUUAGAGUGUUAACGCUCAUUUCGCAUCUAAUUAUCCUUCACCACUGUCCUAUAUACAAAUCAAGUCCCUCUUUUCUUAGAGUGUUAACGCUCAUUUCGCAUCUAAUUAUCCUACAUUAAGUCCCUUGAGACCCGACACUACACACUGGAGACCGUUAUUCGAUAGCAACGCAUUUCCGUUUUUACAAUUUUCCUUCAUCUUGUGACUGAAUUCUUAAACAGGCUAUAUUUUCGUUACUUAACAAAAUGUUGAUCGCAAGACUUUCCCUAUCCGUAGAUCCACCUACUAUCGUUAGGAGAACCAGUACCCAAAUAUUGAACGAAACUGGGGAACUGCGUCUAAAAUGUUACGCGACAGGUAAUCCACGGCCAUUCAUCACGUGGACUAAAGUACCAGACCCUACAACUCUGGACUCACCAGACGGUGUUCUUACUAUAUAUAAGGCGAACAAAACCCAUUCUGGAAUUUAUCAGUGCAGAGCUAGUAACGGAGUUGGAAGAGAUGCAACUGCACUAUCUUCAGUUAGGACUGAAGCUGGCAAAUACCAAUGUACCGCCAAAAACAGUGUAGGAAAAGAGGCGAUUGCUACUAUUUACAUCAAUGUCAUUUGUAAGUUUUAGCUGAUAUUUUGAUGUUUCAAAGAAGUUUUAGGACGAAUGAAAUUGUGGCCUAUGUUUUGUUUGGCUUGAUAUCGUUCUACUAACAUGAAUCUCUAUCAAAGUCAGGAACUAAACCAAAGUUAAAAGUCAUUUGGAAAUGUAAUAGGCUCUUUGCAGCAGGUCAGUCACGUGGUACAAAAACUCACUGGGACGAGACAAACUGUUUUCACAGUACGUUUCUUGCGCCCCAGCAUGGCGUCUGUAUAAUUCUUCAGAUCAUCCAAAUGGAAUAAUUAACGAGGCCUCUUUACAUUGUCCAUGCAGCGCCGAACCAGCAGUUCUUGACUGACAAAUACUCUGUGAAGUCGCGAAUCAAGCUCAAUAAACGGUUACAUUAUACGCCCUUAGCUUCCGUUAAUAGUCCUCCUACUAGUCCGUUCUACACUGUCCUGUAUGCAAAUCAAGUCCCUCUUUUCUUAGAGUGUUAACGCUCAUUUCGCAUCUAAUUAUCCUACAUUAAGUCCCUUGAGACCCGAAACUAUACACUGAGGACCGUUAUUCGAUAGCAACGCAUUUCCGGUUUUACAAUUUUCCUUCAUCUUGUGACUGAAUUCUUAAACAGGCUAUAUUUUCGUUACUUAAUAAAAUGUUGAUCGCAAUACUUUCCCUGUCCGUAGAUCCACCUAUUAUCGUUAGGAGAACCAGUAUUCAAAUAUUGAACGAAACUGGGGAACUGCGUCUAAAAUGUUACGCGACAGGAAAUCCACGGCCAUUCAUCACGUGGACUAAAGUACCAGAUCCUACACCUCUGGACUCACCUGACGGUGUUCUUACUAUAUAUAAGGCGAACAAAACCCAUUCUGGAAUUUAUCAGUGCAGAGCUAGUAACGGAGUUGGAAGAGAUGCAACUGCACUAUCUUCAGUAAGAUUCAAUUGUAAGUUUGUUUUCAAUUAUUUUUAUUCUCGCUUGACCCAUUUUUUCAUUUUGUGUUAUAUGCACGGUCUCCCUCGCUCCCGAAUUUAAAUAUGAGGUCCUUUCAUUUUACUGUUUAGCGUGAAAUGAUCUCUAAUCAGGUGACUUACUAUGUGCGGGAAGACAUAAGAGUGACUGGCAGAUGGGUUUGUUGAGUGUUACCGUAUACUGCUGCUUAUAAGCCCUGGGCUUAUACAAGUUCGUAAGGGGUUUUAGGUGGGCUUAUAAACGGGGGAGCUUAUAUCCGGAUGGGCUUAUAAGCGGACGAAAAAAAACGUUUCAAAAUGAGCAACAGCACUGUUGAUCGACGUAUGAUUUAAAUUUAUUACUCUUACAACGGAUACAGUUUGUCAAAAGUUUUGUGAAACGCACUGUAACACUACAGGAGAACAAUGAACAGUUACUUCAAAGCAUUUGGCGAUAUGUUGAAAUAAAGAUUGUCAAUAAUAAAAUGGUAAUAAAGUUAUUCUUCCGUAAUCUUUUCCAGUUAUUUGUUGAAGUAAUAGUGUUCUCUGAGAGUGCUUAAUAUUAAUAAAACAAGAAAAACUGGAGGGAGGCUUAUAUCCUGAUGGGCUUAUAAUCGGAUGUAUUUUUUUGUUUGCACGUAGGUGGGCCUAUAACCGGGGGGGCUUAUAAGCGGAUGGGCUUAUAAGCGGCAGUUUACGGAGAGGCAUAUUUGCUGGUCGACUACACUUUUUAAAGAUCCCAUUCUAUUUCAUUAAGUGUUCUGGGCUAAUUGGGUUUGUGUGCCAGUUAAUAUGAAAUUCAGAAACAUUCUUGGCUCAUUGGUAAUAGUAAACCAAGAGACGACCUUAUGGAUUGUGAUUGGUUAUAUUUAUACUCCUGUGUCUUUUCAACAGACAAACCAGUCGAAACUCGCCUAAGAUCAGACACCAAAGAUGACAGAGUGAUAGCGGGAAACUCUGUAACUUUUUCGUGUACUGCUGAGAGUAACCCACCUCCAAACCUGGAAAUCCGCUUGAACAAUGUGUCGUUGGGUUUCUUCAAAAACAAUACAUUCACUCUUCAAGACGUCAACACGUCUUAUGGUGGAACCUACGAAUGUGUUCCAUGGAACAUGUUUGGAUACGGCCCCAUAGCAACUGUCAACCUGACUGUACAAGGUAUAUGUUAAGCUGCUAAGCAGGAGAUUAAAAAUGGAAAAGGGAGGGAAAGCUAAUACUUCCACUUCAUUUCCUUACUUUUUGGAGCCUGCCAAGGAGCCUAAAUAAUGACUUAACGUUCCACUGUCCAGUUUAUCUGCGCUUUUAAGAAAAAGAACGAAGAAAUGAAGUUUGGUCCUUGUCCCUUAUCUAUCAGUAUGGGUAACUUUACUUAAAAAAUGAGGCUAAUUUACCCUUAUUUGUUUACCUUUCUCUAGCAAAGUGAAGAAAGCAAUUUCUUAGGAUAUUGAGAAAAAGCAAAAACUUUAUUUGCAGUGUGAAAACAUAACCGAAAAUUAUAGAGCGUUUUUACUCACGUGGCCAGCAUCUGUGCAAAUUUAUUGGAACAAAACAAGGCGUUUGCAUAAGAAAGGAGAUCAACUCUCACGGCAUUGGUUUGGGACACCAACAUGGCGCUGUUUCUUUGUUUUGGAACACCAAUAUUAUAUGGCCGCCGUGAGGUCAUGUGAAAACGCUCUAUAAUUGGCUGUUGUUUCUGGUACACGGUAGAAUUUCAUGAUUCAAGAUUAAAAACGAUAUAAAAGUAUAAAGUCAUAUAUUAAUUUAUACAUUAUUCUCUUCCUUCUAGAGGUGGUCCGAGGCAGGAAAGGAACAAAUACAUAAUAGUUAAUAGCACUGCUGUUGACUGCUUUUGAAGUGUCUAUAAUUUUUUGGUAGCCCUAGGAUUGUCGAAAGUUUCAUUGCCUGUUUCUUUUAGGAUAUCAUUGGAUUAAACUAGGAACAGCACUAAAAUUAUCCCAUCCUUAAUUUUCUUUCCACGGUUCCAAAAAGCUAGAGUUGGAAAAUCGCUAACAUUGCCUUUUAAAAUUUGUUUUAGUUCCGCCUUCGAUUGACUUUAUUUCCCACGAGGUUACUGUAAACGAGACUGAAAAUGUCACCAUAUUCUGCAACGCAUCGGGGAUUCCAAAGCCAGUGGUCACCUGGACAUUUCUGGGCAGCUCAUCGGAUGGUAUGGAAUCUGUUAACUUGGAAUCUCUCUCGUUACCACGUAUCAACAAAAGAAAAGCUGGAAGAUAUCGAUGUACAGCAGCAAAUGGCGUCGCAAAUCCUAAAUCCGCUCACGUUGAUAUAAAAGUAAAUCGUAAGUGUGAACAAAUAUAAAGUAACAUUCACAUUUCGCUAAAAUCCGCGGUUGUAAUUCCCAAAAUUCCAGGUAACUCAAACCGGCAACAGUCGGAAAAUUGUUUGCCCUUAAUUUGACUUCUGAUUCCUGAAGAGAAACCCAUCGAUGGUUGACCAUGCUAGAGGCUUAACACGAUAACGGAUACAAAUGUCCCUCAAAAUAUUUACAACUUUUGUCUUUCAGAUAAACCAGAAAUAGAACAUGUUGGACCUUCAAGGGAAAUCACCUCUUGGCUAAACCAUGACACUACAUUAACGUGCAAAGCAGCAGGAUUUCCAUUGCCAGAAAUUAAAUGGAGUCAUGAUGGCGCAGUAGAAUAUUCUGUCCAAGGUUACUCCUGCACCAGUAUUCUCAGGUUCACACCCAAACGAGCGAGUGAUUUUGACGUUGUAGUGUGCAUGGCAAAAAAUAUUCUUGGAUCAGCAGAAGCCAAAGUAACUGUUAAACAACUUAGUAAGAAUACGUCCAGUGUUCUUUUUUUAUGGUAAAGUUAAAACAUAUCACUUAUUAUUCAUUAAAAAAAACUAGUAUAUGGUAUGCUCAAUUGGACACAAGGGGUAUGUAUUUUGUAAGACGGGCAUAAUUUCUUGCCGAAUUCCUGUUUGUUUGAUAUACGUUUGGAAAAGGCGAUUAUUUGUACGGUGUUUGUGUGUAAAAAAGAUCUUCGUUCUCUCGUAAUUAAAGAAUUUCUUUUACUUUUCAGGAAAACGACAGUUUCUGCUUUAACCAAUUAAGAGAAAAAUUGUGCCUUUCUCUAUUGAAAUUCAAUUUCAAACAAACUUAAUGGAAAUUCUUCGAGAAUGGUGCGCGUUUGAGAAAUUGCCUAACUAAGGCAAAGCAAAUUCGCUCGUUUUUUUUAUCAUACAUAUUAAUCAUAUGCUAGCCUUGAUUUCAUUUUUUUCCACAGGUGUUCCAGACCCCCCAAAGAUCCUACGAAUUGACGAAGGUCUUAAUAACCUAAAAAUUCACUGGAAGGAGUCUACCGCUAAACCAAAAUUUUCGAUUCUCGGUUACAUGGUACAGGUUAAAGAAAAGGGAGAAUCACAUGAGUGGAUAAACUGUACGCAGAUGGAAAAUCAAACAGGUUCCAUGAUGUGUCUCAUGGAUGAGUUGAAGAGCAACACCGAAUACAUUGUAAGAAUAUCUGCAAGGAAUGUAGUGGGUUUCAGUGAGUUUACUAUGAGGGAGGUUUCAACAAAAGAACCAACAGGUAACGGCUUCCCCUUCAUGUGCUAAUGCCUAUUAGCAACCUUUCAAGAUUUUGAUAAAAUAUUCUUCUCCACAUUCUUUCCCCAGAUAAUUCGCUCCUGUUAAUUUAAAUAGCUAAUUAAUAUCGUUCAAGGCUAGUGCCUUAAUUGGGAAUGAUGACACGUGAGACAUAAUGACGAGUCGUAUUACAAAAUACAUGGUUCCAAGCGCUGCUAAAACAACAGUGCUUGUAUCUCAGUUUAACAUUAGCACUUAUACGUCCUGUAAUUAUGAUAUUUUUCGAUGAGCCUAAUGUAGUGAAACCCCUAAAGCAAUAAUCUAGGCCGCGAUUUAUAAGAAUGUGUUAAAUAAGUGUAACAUGUAUAGUUUCUUAGCAUCACACAAAACGUUUUUAAAAUAGCAAUUGAAAGUAAUCUUGUAGAACACAUCACGAAACAUCGAGUUUAUAAGACUUUCGCACAGUAAAUUCUAGUUUUAUAGUGGGGGUAAGGGUGGAGUAAGUCUUUUAAUCUGAAGAAUCAUAGGCUUCACGCUGUGUGAUACUACCGAAGAGUUCGUCGUUAAUUUCGGAUUUAGCAGCCAGGGUCGCUACUUUCGGGUAGCUAAGACGUGCGCCGUACAUGGUACAAAUGUGAAAACAUCCACACUUUUUACUUGGGAAAACUUAUUUCAUGUUUUUUCGUUUUUAAAUACAAAUUCAAAAGAACUGUUCGAUUACGGUCUGGAUAUUCAAAAAACGAAAGGAAGACUUUUGGAAUUAAAGAAAAUAAUGUAAUGUACCGUUGGUUACAUAAACUCUCAGAAGGAGUGUCACAAAUAAGAUCUUUAUAACCUUUUAAAAUAAUCCUCGGAUCAGUUUGGUAAAGUUUGUUGUAUGUUUAAUUUUCGUUACUUCUUGCGAAAAGGGAAAUUAUUUUCAGGCGAAGGAUCGUUAUCUUCGGAGGGUCUCUACCUUUGGUAUUUUCACACUUUUGAAAUUUUAUCGCUGCUUUCGGGGCCGGGUUCGUUACUUUCGGAACUUCACGGUACAAUUUCGCUAGUUUAUGCACGUUUACCGCGAUAUUAUGUAUAGCUGUACACUUUAUUGCAACAAACGGGCAUGCUUGAAAAAAAACCCAAUCAACUAACAUGUAAACCUAUUUUGUAGUAAAAGAGAAGCAGCAAGGCCUCCCUGGAAUUACUGUUCACUGGAUAAUUGCAGGAGUAACUAUCGGCUUCUGUGUUGUGUUACUGUUAGUUGCUGCUGUAGCAUUGAAGAGACGCUCUCGAGGUUUGUUUACUCCGAAAUACACAGACUAAUUAAUAUAUCAUUGCGAAGCAGUAAACUAUAAACAACUGAAACAUGGAGUUUAAUGCACUUGUUUUUAAAAAUACGAAUUUGAAUAACUACUACCGGAUGCAAUUGUUUGUUUAAUUUUUCAGGCAAACAAUAUAAUCAAAUUUCCUCAUCAUCAUGAUGAGAUAAAUAAAAAAGUUAAUAGAAAAUAUAUAUUAAAUAGUACAAACUUGGAGGCAUAAAGCAAGCUUUCAUCAGUCAGCGAAACUCGUGUUACACCCUUUUUUACCCUUGCAUUCAGUUGUACAUUAAUUUAUUCACCCGAACGUUCCUUGACCAACUGAAACAAAUUUAAACAUUGUGAAGUGACAUCCUAUUCAGUACAGCUCUUAAAGAAAACAUCACAACUAACUUCAAAAUAGAUUUGAACCGUUUUGAAUUCUACUGACAGCGCCCGUCUAUGGGAUUAACGAUUUGUGGAAAAUCAAAUAGUCAAAAUUAUUCUUCAACGAUUCAAGGAAGCAAAUGGCUUUUUAUUGGAGUAUCAUUUGCAUUUUGUUCUAUUAGACGGGUUUUUAUUUCUAUUUUUACUUAUUUAGGAUUAUAUCACCGUUAAUUUAGCAUUAUGUCAAUUAUAACUGCUUGUGAUCCAGGCCUUUUAGUGACUAAUUUGAGAAAAGAAAAAAAGAAAAAAAAUCAUAAUUUUAAGAUGACCUAAUUGCAGAUGCUGGGUUCAAUUAUCAACAGUAUUCAUUUCUCUCGUUAUUUCAUACGUUACAGAUUUUUUUGGCUUCCUAAUCAUCCUUUCAUACACAGAUCAACAUUUGUAUGACGAUUUACCCGGCGAAUUGAACGCGUUUUUGAUGAAAAUGAAGUUCAUCUAAUCAAUUCAAAAGAGCAGAUCCAAGACGGCCGAUGCUUUUGGUUCCUUCCUUAAUGAUAAGUGAGGUCAUCAUGCCAUCACUUCUAUUGUUAAAGUUUAUUUUAAAUGUUUUAUUCAGCCUCUUGUUUUUAUCAGACCCCUAAAACUAUUUAAGUAUUUUUGUCGCUUUAUGGCCACUUAAAGAGGGAAUUUGGAUUCUACUAAUAAAUUCAACAAUAUGACGUCAUAAUGACGUCAAAUAACGUUACUGUGUCAGUGAAGUUAAGCCUAGAUUUUGGACAUGUAUUUAUUAAGCAAAAAGAAAAGCCAGUUCUGAACUAGCCUCCUCCGCAGGCUUCACUGUCCUGUUUUAGAGAACGAGUGGCAGAAUGGCGCAGAGAACGGAGAGUGACAGUGAUACCUGUCAAAUAUCUACAAGGUGAUGACCUUCUUGACAUUUUGGCUCGCGCAUACAAAUCCAAUUUGUGUACGGGGAUAUUUUGAGAGACAAAAGCCGUUUACCGUGACCUACAGUAAGAACUAAUAGUUUUUUAGUUUGUUUUCUGGAUUUGUAAUAAUUUGUCUGACGAAAACCCCCAGAAGGGCCAGGGUCUUGUCACUGAUCCACAAGGGUGAAGGACGGGGUCCUCACUCUUCGAAUUUUGGCAGGCAACUCCAUCACAUUUUUUCUCCUUUUCUCGUCCUGAGACUACUCACGGUCAGUGUAACCGGAAUUGCCUGCAAAGGAGACUAGGUCUUAACAGGGUCAGGAAAAUAGUCUGUACCUGAAUUCUUUUUGUGUUUAGUACAAUGUAUAUGAUUUAGGUGUUUUCUAGUUUAAAGUUGGAGUACAUGUAGAUGUACUGCAAUAACAGCUAAUUUGAAACAUGUUUUUCUUUUAUCAGGACGAGGCGAAGUAACAAACGUUAACGAUAGGUUGGUUAAACUAUAAUCAUACUUGAUGAAAGUGAUCCUGAUUAUGUUUUCCUUUCAUGAGUUGUACGAUACCAUUACGGCGUUUUUUCUACUGCCUUAACAGUCAUGCAGUUUAGUGACGCAUACGGACUUAUCCAAGACCAUGAAAAACAUCCCAGAAACGCUCUUACAAACUGAACUCUCUGCUAAAAAAAAGCGCAAAAAAAAGGCUCGUUUGACUGUUGAUAAAGUAGCCUGCAAAUACAGCCGCUACUCCUUGCUCCUCACCGAUAGGAACGUUUCGCCAGUAGGAAAGUCUGCACCUUAGCGACAGAAAUUCGACACUGAUGACGUAAAAUUUGUCCGAAAUCUGGUCAGGAGCUCUGAGUGGUCGACAAAGUAGUUACACUGAAUGACAGACAAAAGACAAAAGGCCACAAAGGUCAAAUUUAAAUUAAACGGAGUUGUAAACGUGAUGAAUCUACUACAAAACAGUUAAUAUUCCUGGAAUAUAUUCUUCUUUAGAGAAAGCGUCUGAGUUUUGCUGGUGCUCGUUCGCAGUAGAACACAAACCUUUAGCGUAAUCGACCAAAAGAAACAUAAAAUCAAGCAAAUUUACAUUUGGAACCUCAUGAAUACCGGAAUUAUUAUGUAAACACUGAUUUGCGUUAAACGCAUGGAAUUUCGUUUACCGGUUUAUUAGCCCAUUAUGUUAACUUUUUUUUGUUUUGCUGACCAACCCAGCCAAUAAUCCUCAAAUGUAAGGGGUGGGCAGUACAUGGUAAUUACUCCUGUCCCGCGGCGAGGAGCGAGGAGAAACGGCUGUAUUCACAGGAUAUUAAUAAAGCGACUGGAAUGUUCUUUGAACCGCUUUGUUUUUGCAAAAUAGAACGUUCACUAAACUAAAAUUUCUUUUUUAAAAAAUAAAAUAUACAGUGGAAGAAAUCUUCCACAAAAAAGGAAGGUCUUCAGCGUAAAAACAAACAGAGGGCAAUUAUUACGGAAGACCCUAGGUGAGAUGGUGGCAACCAAUGAACAUAGAAGUCGCAAAGUUAAGAAUAAGAAUAAGCGAUACGACAGAUCUAGAUAAUUUCACUGACUUAAGUAAAUGUCGCGAGCAAUUAAUUAUAGAUAUUCCUUCCGAUGCCAUUAUUUUCCUUCCUAGAUUUUGUUAGUCGUAGUACCUAAGUCGGUCCAUUCGCACAGUCCAACAAACAAUCGUGAUUCGAGUCGAAAUCCUUUUUUAAUAGGUGUUUAUUGAACUGCAGUUAUUUCUUUGCAGAGUGAUUAGUUCAGAUGAUCCUUUUACAGCAAGGAGCCCAAAAGUGUGACCUCCUUUAAUUAACUCACAUCCUUUCGUGUAGACGUUAACCAAUCAGAAGUCAAGGACAGUUUCCAGCUGGCUCCUGAUUGGAUUAAAUCUGUACGAAAGAAUAUGAAUCAAUCAAAAGCGGUGACACUUUUGGGCUUCUUGCUGUAAAGAUCAUUACUACUUAGAAGGAGUUUUCUCAGUGACUGCCGUGUUUAAUCAAUGUUAAUUCUUGUCUUUACCCAGUGGUUCCAAAAAGGUGACUAUUACCAGUUAUGAUAAUCCAACGAUGGGGGAGAGUCUGCAGACAGUUGCAGCUGUUAUAGAGGUACCUUCUUUUGACCGUGUUGGUAUUGCACAUUUUAUAUGACGCAAGUUAAUUGUUCUCAUUCAAGGGCUCAUUACUGGAGUCGGGCUGGCUUGCUUUGCCGAAUUGUUCUUUAUCUUAAUUUACAUGAAGCACACCUUCCCGGAGCCGCCGUAUCCCGCUGAUCCUGGCAAAUCUCGCACCCAGAUUCCUUCUCGACGACGCUCCUUACACCCAGGCAUAUGUAGACAAGGCCACUAAAAAUCUUGUUAAGAGAACCGGGCAGGGUAGAAUUUCAAGCUAAUUGAUCGAUUUUGCUAGUCUUAGUCUCCACUCACCCUAACGAUGGGUGAAAUGACCCCUGGGUUCAUACCAUUCACAAAGUUCAGGAAUCGAACAUUGUUUUCAUGCGGAAUAGCACAGUACCGCAUAUAGAGAAAAUGUAACGUUAUCUUAAUGAUAAAAAAGUAUCGAAUUUAACCUUUUAAACUUGAGAGAUUAAUGUUGUAAACUAGAAUUCAGAAUCCAUUUUAAUUCAACGCUACUCCGGAUGAAGGGUGCAGUGAAGACUAAAGCUUCAAUCGGUAAAACGGGUAACAAAAACGUGUAACGUGUUUUGCAACAAUGCUGCAAAACGAGUUGAAUAGCGAUAUUACGUGUUUUACCACCUACGUUCAGUCUGAUACCUGAUUUGUUGCAUGUCGCUAUUAAAUCUUUUUGCAGCAAUGUUGCAAGAUGAGUUACAUUUUUUUUGUUGCCCGUUUUCCGUAUCUUAAAUGAAACAUUUUAGUAUCAGCUCCUAGUGAUCCGAAGGAUAUUUUCAUGCUCCGAAUCUUCUCUCUCCGUUAGGUUAAUUGAAAAGUUAUUAGUGUAAAAUGCAAGAUGAGCGAACAAACACCUAGGCAGAGACGUCGACUGAAAACUCACAAAUUGGAAAAAAAAUGAAAAUGAAAUGAAUGGGGUAAUAAUUAUAGAAUCCCACUCGAAUAGAACUUUUUAGCUUGUACAUUGUUUUUAUCCACUUCUGACCAAGUAAUGGUAAAAAAAAGCCAGGAAACUAUUUCUUUCAAACGUUGCCCUGAACCCCCGCACACGUCUGUGUGCAAAAUUUAUGAAAGGAAAAAAGGCAAAUUCUCUUGAGAACAUCACGUGGUUGAACAUACUAGCUGAAAUGUUCCGUGAAAAGCAGAUUUUAACUUUUAAUUCACCUCUUAAUUUGUCUCUUUAAUUUACUAUUCGUAUUUAUACUCAUUUAAUAAUCUAAUUUUAUUUUCUUCGCUUUAUUCGAGUUUGAUAGCGCAAAAAACUUCCAAAAAAUGCGGAAACUUUUUUUUAACUUGUAGGGGGAACAAAGUGGAUAGCAAUAAAACCUGAGUAACAAAAUACCGAUGUAACAGGAACAGUUGCUGCGAGAAAUCAUGUUUAUUGGCGGCUGGGAAGAGUUCCAGUAAAACCUGGAAAACUGGAAAGAUACGACAGAUACCGACGCACAUUUUCUAGCUGCCACUAGGACAGUUAGUCUUAGGUCAGCGUCUAUUUAAAAGGAAGUGUUUGGCAAUUCUUUUGAUUGUUUUUGUUUAUUAAAUAUUUUUUCGUCCAAAAAUUCAACUCUGAUAAGAAUUUUUGUCACUAUGGAUAAUAGAAACAAGACUAGUGUGAAUUUUUUUUCAUGAUUAAGUUGAGUAAAGCACUUGACAUAAAGAUGUUUCUUUUACAGCGGUGCGUGUUGUGACUUUUUAAGGUGUUAAAGAGAGAAGGAAAAUAACGAACGAACAAACAUAGUAGGAACUACUAUUCUGAUAUCUCACACAG